AUGAAAAAUAUGGUACAUUAUAAAGCCUCGCUUUUGAGAAAACAAAAUAAUGAGUAGGAACGUCGAUAUUUAUACUUGGUUGAAAAUUACCUCAUAAUAAAUAAGGUAUUGUAUUUGAUUUAUUAGUAUAGAGAGAGAGUCUAAAUAUGAUUGAUAGAAAAUUUGAUUUGACUUCAAUGGACUGUCAAAUCAAAUGGCAUUAUGAGUAAGAGAGAAAAAUUAUUUAGAAAUAACAUAAUCAAAGAAAUGAUGGUGUAUAACACAAAAUACAAUUAAAGAAUUAUAUAUUGUGAAAAGAAUGAGAUUUUAGAAGAGUUAUAAAACAAACUUAAUGGAAAAGCAUACUAUAGAAAUUUUAAAUCAUUUUACCAGAAAUUAGAGGUAAUUAAAUGUCAUAAAAAUGUCGAAGUAAUUUCCAUCAUUUUAUAUAGAUAAUGAUAUGUAAAAAUUUAUUAACAGAAGAGAUUGUAGUAGCAAAAUAAGUGAAGUUUCCAAAAAAUAAACAAACUGAUUCUGAACAUUAUGUAAUAAGUUCUUAUAAAUUUUAGUCUUUCUUAUUGAACGAAGCUAAGAUUCAUAUGAAAUUAUCUUACAAUCCUCAUUAAUAUCUUUUAGGAGCAAGCUAAAUUUUUUUAUGUGAUCAAUCAAUUAUUUAUAUAAUGCACCAUUGUAAAGGUGGAACACUCUACUAAUAUUUAAUUGAAAAUGAUUUAAAUUUGCCUGAAUUAGUGACUUAAGAAAUAAUGAGAAAAUUACUAUUAGGACUUGAUCACCUCCAUUAACUUGGAAUUAUGCAUAGAGAUAUAAAAUUGGAUAAUAUUAUGUUAUUGAGAAAAAAUGAUCCUAAUUCAAUUACAAUUAUGGAUUUCGGAUAUUCAACAUUCAUUGAAGAGGAAAGGUUUACAUUUUAAAGAUGUGGUACACCUGGUUAUAUUGCUCCAGAAAUUUUAAAUAUGAAUCAAUAUAAUGAAUUAUGUGAUAUUUAUAGUUUGGGGUGUGUGUUCCACGCUUUAUUAACUGGAAAAAAAAUAUAUCAGACACCUAAGUCAACAAAAGCUUCCGAUUUAUUGAUAUUGAAUAGAAAUAGCAUUAUUUCAUUAUCAUAGAUCUGCAAUCUCAAUGCACAAGAAUUAUUAUAAUCAAUGAUAUCUGUUGCUAAAUCAAGGCCCAGUGCAACAGUCUGUUUAUAGCAUUCAUAUUUUGAAGAAGAAUAAUUUUAAAUAGAAGAUCUAAGCACAUAGUAAUUAUUAUUAAUAUUAUUUUAGAUUAAGGCAACUAGAUUUUCCGUAACUCAAAAAUCCAUUUAAAUCUUGA